AUGCUUACCACCAGACUGGAAAAUCGCCUCAAACGCCCCGGACCGUCCAGAUACAAGGCAGCCUCUCAGGGGUCAUCCGCAGACGACACAAGCGACACUGCUGCGACGUGUCCAACGAUAAACUCUAUUGGUUCCAAUAACGUCGGAACGAUCCCUCCUACUCCUCUUCCAAGCUAUAUUGGGCCGAUUGCGCAGGACUUUGCCAAAACGGACGGCCCCUUUGAGAUGUACAGCAAUGUGUCGUCUCAGGAUCCUCUUUACAAAUCUUUGUGGCGUCAUUCUGCCUUGGAUACUGCUGGAAGCAGCGUCCUCUCAAUGGGCAGCCAUCAGCUAAACAAGGAUGAAACUUCAGUUAGCGUUCAAGGAGAAUCACGCUCUGACGCCGAGUCUCUCGCUUUGCCACACUCUGGUAAACUGUCCAAACGUUCUCAGCGAUAUCUGGAGGAUGUAGCAAGGGGUUCAGUCUUGGCAGUCUACAAGGAAUCAAAAGAAAAAGGCAAACACGAGAUAUUACAGUGGUUCUCCCCAGCCUACCGCCACGUGAUUUUUCAGAUGCAGAUAUGCAUUUCUCUCGACCCACCGCGUGUAGAGAGUUGUAGGGACAAAGACGGAAACGAAGAAUUCAUCUCCACGUACUGCCACGAUGUCUACAUGUCGCCUGUGUCUCGGGAGGAAAUGUACAAACCUCUUGCUCGGGAUACUUGGGUUACGACGGCUGUAUGCCCAGUGGAAGGAAAGGAUGUCAAGGACCCCAUUCCCCAUGCCAGUUGGCAAGACGUUUGGAUCAGCGAUACAUGCCCCCAACGUUCUUCGAGAUUUCGACAAUCACAGCAAGAUGACAGCGCGUCUCGUCAUCAAAAGGAGAUGGUCAUACAUCUCCAUCCUAUUGAGCUCCGGCAUUGGCUGUUGACUUUCUGUUUCGAGCUAGAUUUCCUCGCCGGACCAUAUGAUCUUAAACGCUCCAAGUCUGAUGGAGAUCUAUUCGAGACAUCGCCUCCCAGCCUGUCUGCCGAAGCUGCUGAGAAUAGGGACGUGCGCUCCGGUGCCGACACCUCUUCCGUUCAAUCCGAUGAUAAGACACACAUCUCCAUCACCGAAGCCGGCUCAAAUGCAGGAAGAUAUCGGGAACGAUCGAGUGGUCACAGGCCUGACAGCCAACGUGAUUCCUUGCUCGACGAGGCUGCAUCUGUCUCUUCACAGCUUGUCGAUACUGAGGAGCCCCCCACUAGGGACUUUGUCGAGUUGUUAUGCAAGGUGAUCCGUUCACUCUUCUUGUCGGCCAAGAAGACUGACGAUUUACAGCGCGUUGCGCAAUGGUUUUCACCAGCGUCGGCCGGGACGGUGUUCAGGAUGGAUAUACCCUACGCCGCGGAGGGUGACGAGUUCUACGAGAUUCUGUUGGCUCCUGUGCCUGACGAUGACAAGGAUACGCCCCUCGGGCCAGAUGACUACGUGGCCGAAUUUAACCUGAAAAACACGCCGCUCCGUGCUUCGAUACCCCACAUCGGGUCAUACUUGGUGAAUAGACACGAAGAUACAGCGGUACGACGCUUGCAGAACGGAUUGAUGAUCAUCUGGGAGACGCCUAUCGAACGGGACUGGUUGAUCGACCUAGUGGAAGAGCAAAUCUGGACCGCGGUUACUGUUGUGAUAGUCGUGGCCUCUAGCAAAGGCGCGCCGUCAUUUGUCUCGCCCUUUGAAGUUAGCGAUACGGACGUAGUGAAAGGGAUCAACAGGAUAGUCCCGAAAAGUCGGAAGAAGGAUUCGAAACAGGGCCAUCCCGACUCUGAAGAUCUUCAGGAACAUUCCCCCGAUACGGUGUCAGCAGUAACGCCUGCGUCAUCUACCGAUUUCACGGACUCAACCCUGACCGGAGCAUCUACGUUCGAACUACCCGCAUCGUCAACUUUGCCCCCCACCACGCAAGCGCCUCCAAAUACAGAAGAGAGAAGCAUGUACAGGCAGUACCCGUAUACUCUGGACUCUGCCCUCGGCAUUCUAUCCAUUGAUGGGGCCACUGUACCUGAUUCUGCCUACCAGGCUCUGGGGUACGCCCAAAAUCCCGUUGGUCCUAUUAGUGAACCGGACAAGGGCGAUGAUGUCCUUGAACCGGUCACCGAGACAACAACUUCCAAGCCGUUAUCUCAAGGUAUGGAGGACGUUUUGCUGAACACAAUCCGUACACUUUACUCAGCACGGGAUCGGGACGAGGGUCUACGAGACUGGAUGUCGGUUCCAUCUGAGAUUCCGCUUCAAUUGGUGCUAAAGUUUCCAGCACAAGGACAGCCGGAAACUUUCGGUUACAUUGGACAAGGACCCGCAGGAGAUCCACCUGCUUACGUUCCACUUCCAAUUUUGGUAUACCAAGCGCACGAAAGCUCGCAGAUGCAUGAGGUGCUCGUGAAGGGAGACGCAGUGUACAAGCUAUCAGAGAAUCCUAUUGUUCUUCCUACGCGCCUAUUGUUCUCAGAACAAUAG